GCCAGAGGAUGCGGAUUGAAGAGAAAUCCGGUAGAAUCUCCAAAUCCAUGAGAUUGAUGAUAAUGUGAGUGACCGUUAACAGUUCUUGCUCCGAUUUUUUUCAGAGAAAAUUGGGAGAAAAACCAUGCUCGGAAAUCGCAGGCUACCAUCUGAUUCUCAAUAGCUGCAAAUUUAAGCUCCUUGUUUCAAUUGACAAGGGCAUGGCCAUGGCGUCUGUUUCGAAGCCACCGCCAUUUCCGCCCUUUCACUCCCUAAAUCCAAGCUUUCUCAACUCUUCACCAGUGAUCUUAUGUUUUCCUAUGCACCCAAUGACGUCGCUUCACCCCUCCAUACGUGCCCUAAAGACUGGGCCGGAAGGCAGUAGAAUUCGAAGCCACGAAGAAUAUAGCUCGGAUUUGCUGCGGAAGCCGGUUGUUCCACCGGCGAAGGACUUCGCCAGAAUAUCGGAGGAUGACGAGGGCAGCGAGGAGAGUGGUACUGACGGCGAAGAGGAAGAGGAUUGGGUUGAUUGGGAGGACAAGAUUUUGGAGGAUACCGUUCCUCUAGUUGGCUUUGUUAGGAUGGUUCUUCACUCUGGAAAAUAUGGAAGUGGAGAUAGAUUAAGCCUGGAGCACGAGAAAACGAUUCUUGACAGGUUGCUUCCAUACCAUCCUGAAUGUGAGAAGAAGAUUGGAUGUGGAAUUGAUUAUAUCACGAUUGGAUAUCAUCCUGAUUUUGAAAGCUCAAGAUGUUUAUUCAUAGUCAGAAAAGAUGGAGAGUUAGUCGAUUUCUCAUAUUGGAAGUGCAUUAAGGGUCUGAUCAGAAAGAACUAUCCCCUCCAUGCUGAAAGCUUCAUUCUUAGGCAUUUUCGGCGACGUAGACGCAAUUACCGUGGGUAGCACAUGCAAGGAUUUGUUAAUCAUACUAUGCAUCAUUCAAUUUCCGGAAUUCUUUGAAUAUCGAUGCUUGAAAUUGACCUACCACCCUUGUGUGGUUUUGUUGUUUAAUGAUUUGAAAUGCGUGAAUCAAGAUGGAUAUAGGGGGAAUGUAGACUCUUGCUUGAGGAAGGUGCUAGUGAAAUUCAAUUUUGUAAAUCUUAUCAGUUACUACUCGUUUUACUUGAUCCAAUUUCUGCUUAA